AUGGCCCUGGCGCGGCUGGGCCCGAGAGCCUCCUUCCAGACCGCCAGCUCUUUAGCCUCCGAAAACGAAUAUCAGGUCGACUUCAUCUCGCUAGGCCUGGAGCGGCCGACCAGCCCAUCCUCCGGAACGGCGCUGAGCACACACGCCGACACGCAAGUGUGCAAUGUCCUGUUGCUGGACGAGGAAGAUGUACGCGUCCGCGUGAACCUGAGGGAUCCAGAGAUGAAGCCCAUGCUGGUCACAAGAUCGACGGAAACUCAGACUGAGUGUCUGGCUUCUGCGGCGACAAAGACUGAGGCCACCCAGACUGAAGAGCUUCGCGGCUGGAGCCUGCAGGAGGAGGAGGAGGCCAUUCCUCCACCUUUGCCAGAAGACUCGACCUACCAGGAGGCAGUAGAGGAGGUUGCCGGAUGCGCUGCAGCUUCCGAAGAGGAUGAGGUCGGCUUCAUGAAGGAAGAAGGCACCAGAGAGACGGCCUUCGAAGGAUGUGAAGGGGGAAGCGGCGAAGGCGACGGAGUCGUUGACACUGCGGAGGAGGUGGCACCUGAACAAGGACCAUCUGAAGACGCAGUUGUCCAGACCUCGCUCGCGACGCACAUGGAGGAGGCCAUGCUGGUGCACGACGCCACUGCCCAGGAAGCCCUGGCCACCCAUGUGGAGGAUACAGCUCAAGCGACUGAGGGCGUCGUCCAGGAGGCAUUGGCGACCCACGCGGAAGGGCGCCCGGAUGUUGAGCGCAGACCCUCCUCGCAGCUGACCCUCAGCGAUGCACCCCAUACGCAUUCGGAGGAGCCGGCAGAGGACAUGGCAGAAGCGGUGGAGGCACAUAACCAGGAGAUCCCGCCGCAGGCGGAAACAGAGGACGAACACAUGGAGGCUUGGCGACUGCGAGUUCAGCUCAUGAUGCUACAAGAGGCGGCCACUUCCUGCAUCCCAGCGAAGAUGACUCCCCGGGAGCUGGUUCGCACACUCGGCAUGGCGAUGUCGGACCGGUCCCCCUUUACACAGGCUUCACCGAAGGACUUCACCUAUGUCGACUCUUCGCGUGACUCGCUGAUGGCAGAGGGCCUGAUGACCCCUCCAUCGCCCCCAGCGCCCUCGUCAGCGCGGUCUCCAUCCGAGUCGUCGGCGCGCCCACUACGCCGCUCCGUGUUGUUCGAGGAGCGGACGGACGUGCCCAAGCGUGUGCACCCGGUGCCACCCCUGGACUUUAGCCGCGUUCACAUGGGCGAUGUCGACAUGGACCUGGACUACGACGAGGGGGCAGACUCCACCUGGAUGACGCAUGGGCGUUCGAUCAGUCCCACCGCGUCUUCGCACCUCAGCAAGUCGACUUCGGAUGGGAAGCUUCUCUCCCGACCAUCCCUCUUUACUGAUGCCGCCCCGCGGCGUCAGUCCUCACCGGAAGAGAAGUACCGCAAGUUUGUGGGCAAGAUACGUGCGAAGCACCUUCUGCCCCCACGGCAGUCGCCCUUUGCCAAGCCGCAAGUGCUCGCUCCGAUCCCCUACAAGUCCGCGGACACCUUCACCAUGAGAAUGGCGAAGAAGGGGGCACCAAAAAGGUUGCCAACGCCCUUCAUGGAGCAGUUGCACUCGCAUUUUCACCACCACUUCCACUUCCGCAACAAUCUUCCACCAAUUUCUCAUAGUGUUGACUUUGAGUCUGGCGCUUGCUACGCCGACUCCCAAUAG